AUGAAAUUCGUUGCUCUGGUUUCAGGCGGUAAGGAUUCAUGCUUCAACAUAUUGCACUGUCUGAAGCAAGGACAUGAGUUAGCCGCUUUGGCAAAUUUACAUCCCAUUGAUACCUCCGAGCAAGAGCUGGAUAGCUUCAUGUUUCAAACUGUAGGACACGAUAUAGUCGCAUACUACGACAGAUGCACCGGUCUGCCGCUUUUCAGGCAGCCAAUUAGACCGAAUAGCUCAAAGAAUGUUGAAUUAAACUAUACAUGCACUGAGAAUGACGAGAUUGAGGAUCUUUUCAAACUGUUAUCCGAUGUGAAGGAAAAAAUGCCAGACAUUGAGGGAGUAAGUGUGGGUGCUAUCCUGUCGUCUUAUCAACGUACUAGGGUUGAAGAUGUUUGUGCUCGAUUGAAUUUGACGGCAUUGAGCUAUCUGUGGCAAAGGGAUCAGUUAGAACUAAUGAAAGAGAUGUGCUUAAUGUCCAAACAGGACUCGACGAGUGACCACGCAAAAAUGGAUGCAAGAAUAAUCAAAGUCGCAGCUGUUGGUUUGGAUCAAACAUCACUUAACCAAUCUUUGCCCCAGAUGCUACCGAAACUGAAACGCCUGAACGAAAUAUAUGAUGUUCACAUUUGCGGCGAGGGUGGUGAAUUCGAAACAUUGGUUGUUGAUGCUCCUUUUUUUUCUGAAGGUAGUUUGAAUGUUGUAUCUCACCUUCCGAAUAUAGCUCACUCUAAAGAUGGUGUUUUCAGUACUCAAUUGGAAAUUGAAUUCAACGAGCGGAAAAAUGACCUGUAUCUGGAAGAAUAUUUAAAAGAAUUACCUACUCCGCCGAUGCUAAACGAAAAGUGGAUGGAUUUGUUACAGCACUUGAAAGAACUAAAAACACUCCCUAAUGACUUAGGUAUAAACACUCUAGAUCUGAGUACUACGAAGCCUUCAAUAAGUGCCGAAGUUUCUGUAGCGCAGCUGAAGGAUGUCUUAUAUAUUUCAAAUAUCAGAGCAAGGGAUGUCUCUAUGAAUGUGCAAGAACAAGCGGAUGAUGUCUUCCUUCAGCUGAGCUCUAUUUUGGAGACCAAGAAAAUUGCACCCUCUCAAGGUUUAUACUGCUCCCUGAUUAUAUCAGAUAUGUCUCAUUUUGCGCAGAUAAACAAUGUUUACAGUCAAUUUUUCAGCGUAAAGAAAUACGGGCCUCUUCCUCCCGCCAGAGCCUGUGUUGGGUCAACCUGCUUGGGCGCAGGAUUCUUGCUACAACUAUCUGUUAUCUUUGAUGCUACAGAGUCGUAUGCAGGACCUGGCUCGACCAUCGUUUCCAAUAGGAAAAAGGAUGGCCUUCAUGUCCAAGGAAGAUCAUAUUGGGCACCCUGUAACAUAGGACCCUACUCUCAAGCAAUAUGGUCUUUCAAAGAUCCAAACAAAGUCGCUUAUGUAAGUGGACAAAUUGCAUUGGAUCCUCCCACAAUGGAAAUGUUGGAAAAAGAUGCCAAUUUACAGACCGUGGUAUCUUUACGCCAUUUUGAUACACUUAAAAACACUAUAAAUGCAGAGCGUCAACUACUCCUCACAUGCUAUACGGUUGAUAAUGACGUUGUUCCAUCAAUUAUAGGGACUUGGUCUCUUUACUGCGGAGAAAUGGCUGAUGUAUCCGAGCAUUGGACUGAUAAACAACCUGAUUCAAUUAAAAGCUUAAUUAUAGUUAUUGUUUCAGAGAUUCCUAGAAAAGCUUUAUGCGAAUGGACUGGUGUUUCGUGCAAAGACCUGGUAUAUGAAGAUGAAGAAUCGUAUGUCGACGAACUCCAAGAAGAGGGUGUUGCGGAGUGCUCAAAAUUUAUCUUCGCCAAUAAACCACAGGCAGCAAGAGAAUUACACGAAGUGGUUGUAACUAAUUCUCGUGGUAAAAGAUACUUUAUAACCGGGUUCGCAGAUAGUUUAAAUGAGUUAUUGAUAAUUUUGAAAAGCAUUAUUAUCGAAUAUAAGGUUACUUUGUACUACAAUCCAAGAAGUCUACAAAAGAAUAAAAUUCCUUUAGAUAUUUCUUCGAAAAUUGAAUGGUACCCAGUAUUGCAUGUUUACGAUAACAAAGGUACCUCACGUAUGUUUGGAUUUCAUGUAAUGGCAUAA